GCUUACUUCAUCAGUGGUAACGAAUGCAAAUGCCCGUGUGUUUCUGCUGUCCUUCUAGGGGCGGUCAUUGCUGGGAUUGUACCCCCUUUGUUAAAAUAACCACAUAAUUCACCUCUAACCGGGUAAAAUACGGAACGGCACCUUUUCUAAAUUACCAUUGUAGGCACACUACGAUAAUAAUGAAUAACACGGGGCGGCAUUGCGAUAAUUUGUAGGAUUUCUUCUCAUAAUUUACUGCGCUCGAAUAAUAUUUAUCGUACCUAUUAACGUAAAGAUUUGCGGUACUUCUUUUCGUAUGCUAGGCUGUCAGAAGAUUGGCCAUUAUUCAGCAGACGUGGCGUUGUGAUGCACAAUUCGUUUGAUAAUUCAGCGAACGUAGAAACGAACGGCUUGGCUAAGCAUGCUUGAUCGGUUAUGUUUAGAAAUGACAGAAAAUGAUGCGUUCGUUUUGCUUGAUCACACAAUGCUCUGUUUGUAACAGGCACCAGUGAGUAUACGAACAGUUUUUCUACAAAUUUUUGGGUGGAUUAGGAAAUAAAACAAUUAGUCAUCCAUAAAGGCACCUUGAAUGGAAGUGGGCGGUAAUAUACGGAAUACUAUCACGCAAUAAAACGAAUUUACAACGUUUUGGACACCAAAAAUACCAAUUGAACGUAACAAACAUCGGAGUUAUAACAUUUCACACGUUGACAAUUAAAACGGCGUAUUGUAAAUUUGCUUAUAAAGGCUGCUAAAGAAGAAUAGUAGAUGUAUUACACGGGUUGUACGUUCCUAUUCAUGGCACUAAGUGUUGCGGGUAAUAUGGAGGUGGGAAAAGACACGGGCGAGGAACUAGUGAAGAAGGGGGAGACUAUAGUGGGAAGCAUGGAUACGGGUUUUAGGGUUGCUAGGGUUGUUGGCAAAGGUGACAGAGCCUGGGAAGAUGCGAAAAAGAAUGCGAUGAAGAAGAGUGAGCUGAGGGAUGAUGGGGAAGAGAAUGCGAUGAAAAAGAGUGAGCUGAGGGAUGAUGCGAAAAAGGAUGCGAUGAAAAAGAGUGAGCUGAGGGAUGAUGCGAAAAAGAAUGCGAUGAAAAAGAGUGAGCUGAGGGAUGAUGGGGAAGAGGCGAAGAAUACGGUGAGGGACAAAGCCGGUGAUGAAAAAGAAGAGAGUAAUGGUAAAAGAAAAAAGAAUGAAGAUGAUGUGAUGAACACUAACACUGCCUUAACGAGAAAAAAGAAUGAAAAUUCUGAGGAGGAAGAUAACAGCACCAAGAGCAAAAUUAAAUUGAAGGAAGAAAACGAAAAUAGCAAGGGGGAGAUGGAAAGUGAAAUUAACAACAACCUAACGAGCAAAAAGACCAAAAAGAAUGUUUCAAAGAACAAAGAUAAUAAUAUUACAGGUAACGGUGACAAAAGUGUCGAUGCUAGUGGUAAAAACGAUAAUACUGUUAACUUUGUCGAUGCUGGUACUGUUGUUGGUAAAGGUAACGAUGAUCGGAUUGCUGAGGAUGUAAUUUACAGGCAAGCAGAAAAUGCUAACGAAUACAUUGCUGGUAAACACAAGAGCACGAAAAAAGGUAAAAACAUGAUCAUGAACGAUGAAGAUAGCAGUUAAAACUAGGGAAAAAAAGCUGCAGUACCAAUGAAGAGAACUGCGGAAAAAUACCAAAGAUGUUUUUGGUAGCGCUAAGUAAAACCACUCA